AUGCCGACUCGGAGUGCCAAUUGGCUUCCAACAGAAGACCAACAGCUUGCCAAAAGCUGGCUCAAGAUAUCUGAGGACCCGAUCAUAUCAACCGGUCAAAAGAGAGCGGAGUUUUUCAAACGAGUCGCAGAGGAUUACAACGACUAUUCUGGUGGUAUUGAGAGGGAUGGGACAAUGGCCAUGCACCGAUGGGGGCACAUCCAAAAGGCAUGCUUGAAAUUCUCGGGGAUAUAUCACAAGCUCAAGAACAACAGACCAUCGGGAUCUGUUUUGUCCGAUCUCCUCCCCGACACCAAGAAGGCCUUUUACGAGCAAGAAGGCAAACAGUUCAUCUUUGAGCUGGCCUGGAUGGUCGUCAAGGAUUCAUCAAAAUUCAAUUCAUUGGCACAAACACGUGGCGAUCAAAGUAAACAGGCCACGACCCCAGCCCCCACUCCUACGCCAUCUACACCCGCUGCUCAGUCCGAUGCUGCUCUAGGCAACUCUCAACCUGAAGACAUUGCCCAAAUCGGAUCGAACAACUCUUGGAACCGUCCUGCUGGGAUUCAUGCGACCAAACGUGCAAUGAAGCAAGAACACUUCAAUGCUAAAAAAAUAAAAGUCAUGUCUGAACGAUCGAGUAACUACCGCGAACGAACCAUUGCGAUGAAAAAAACAAACGAAAUCCGUCAACAAGUUGCUAAAGCCGAAGUAAACCAAGUGAAUAUGGAGAUCAUGUCUAGGAAAGAAGAUGAACUACCGGACGAUGUAUCUCGUGAAUUUUUGCGUCUUCAAAAGGGGGAAAUUCUUGAGGAUCUUCGCGAGCAAAUCAGGGAGAGACAGAAACUAGCGGCAGCAAAGGAAAAACAAACCGAAGCAUCAACAAAUGAAGCAUUGGCAGCUUCAAGUGAGCGUGAUAGCACCUUCGAAGACGAUCCAUCCAGCAACGCUGAAGACUCUCAGUACAUCGGCGAUGAAGACGAAGACGACAUAGCUGAUUUAGAUCCUUUACUUGACACCCUCGCUUAG